CUGGUGUACUUUCCCGAGCCAUUGUCAAAGGAUGUGUUACUAAAAAUAUACCCUGUGACUACAUGGGUUCUCUCGAUGUUGGUGGCGCUAAUGCUUCUACAUUUAAAGUGAAUAUUGAAUGCUGUAAUGAGGACAAGUGCAACACCUUUAAUUAUAAGA